UACCUGAGAUCUAUGAAGCAAGAAGCCAUUAGAACCCCGGUUAAGGGGAGAUACCAAGUCCAGAGAACUUGGGCAAGGUCAGGCAGCCAGGAGGUGGUAGAGCCCUGUUUUAAUUUUAAGCACAAGUCUUCUGGUGUCUGUCUAGUCUUAGGCUCUUUUCAUUAAAACACAUUGGUUUCCAACAGUACAGUUGCUAACAGCCCUGAUUAUUGCACAGGUAAUCUGGCAGCAUUUGCAGGAGUGGCCGGGCAGGGGGACAAGCAGAGAGAUUCCAUGCGGGCGCUAGGACCAGGCUGAUGGGGCCUCCCAGGCAGCUGCAGUGUGGCUGCAGUUCCCUUUGGUGCCCUGAGCGCUGGGCUCUUCCAGGAGAGCUGUCCACACCGCAGCCCUCAUUUUCCUUUCUUUCCCUUGUCCGCCUUUCCCAGUUGCUUUCCUUUUCUCUCCUGACGCUCAAGUAAAUGAGAAAAAGGUGACAAAGCAGAGAAAACAGGGAAACUUUCUCUUACUGAUUUUGCUGUUUUGAGAAAAGGAAGCUGUUUCCUUCUUUUUUCCCCUGGCACCUCUUUAUGUUUCCUGUUGUCCCUCCUCUCUUCCUCCCACACUUUCUUCAUCGGCUGGGCUUUACUGGCACAUGUUCUCCUCCCAGAGUGCAGUCCCCUAGUGGGUACAGCAGGGUAGAAGCUCAUGGCCCACUGGCUGCCUCCGUGUCCGUCUUCCUUCUCCCUGGCCCCUCCUGUGCUCAGGAGUGCCUCAGGCUCCCCCCACCGAUGCCUGCCUUCAGGAGGUUUUGGUCAGGCAGAUCCCAGUUCUGCCAUCCACUGCUCAGUAUCCUGUAGCUCUCUCCAGCUUUGGUUUGUCUAACAAUAACAAGUGCUACUUUAAGUGCUUUAUGUAAUCAUAUAACCCUCAAAGAGGCUACAAGGUUAGUGCUACAACCCACAGAUUACAGAUCAAUUAACUAAGGGACAGAACAUAGUCACACAGAUAGUGUCAGGGCUGGGAUUUGAACCCUAGUAGUCUGGCUUCCGAGUCUGCAGUUUUAGUCAUGCUCAGCAAUGAAAAUGGUUUUGGUUAGUGGGUCAUUUCACCAGUUUUGGGCCACACCCAGAGAAAAUGCUUCCACUCCCAGUGACUGGAGAUGCUGCCUCCUGCCUGACCCCCACACUUCCUGCCUUCUCCCACCAGAUGCCGGUACAGCUAACGACAGCCCUGCGCGUGGUGGGCACCAGCCUGUUUGCCCUGGUAGUGCUGGGUGGCAUCCUGGCAGCUUACGUGACAGGCUACCAGUUCAUUCACACAGAAAAGCACUACCUGUCCUUCGGCCUAUACGGCGCCAUCCUGGGCCUGCACCUGCUCACCCAGAGCCUGUUUGCCUUCCUGGAGCACCGCCACAUGAGGCAGGCAGGCCGGACACUGAAGCUGCCCUCCCCGCCACGGCGCACGGUGGCGCUCUGCAUCGCUGCGUACCAGGAGGACCCUGACUACUUGCGCAAGUGUCUGCGCUCAGUCCAGCGCAUUGCCUUCCCCAACCUCAAGGUGGUCAUGGUGGUGGAUGGCAAUCGCCAGGAGGAUGCCUACAUGCUGGACAUCUUCCAUGAGGUGCUAGGUGGCACUGAGCAAGCCGGCUUCUUUGUGUGGCGCAGCAACUUCCAUGAGGCGGGAGAGGGUGAGACAGAGGCCAGCCUGCAGGAGGGCAUGGACCGUGUGCGGGACGUUGUGCGGGCCAGCACCUUCUCAUGCAUCAUGCAGAAGUGGGGAGGCAAGCGAGAGGUCAUGUACACGGCCUUUAAGGCCCUUGGCAAUUCGGUGGACUACAUUCAGGUAUGCGACUCCGACACUGUACUGGACCCAGCCUGCACCAUUGAGAUGCUUCGAGUCCUAGAGGAGGACCCCCAAGUAGGGGGAGUCGGGGGAGAUGUCCAAAUCCUCAACAAGUACGAUUCAUGGAUCUCCUUCCUGAGCAGUGUGCGGUACUGGAUGGCCUUCAACGUGGAGCGGGCCUGCCAGUCCUACUUUGGCUGUGUGCAGUGUAUUAGUGGGCCAUUGGGCAUGUACCGCAACAGCCUCCUCCAGCAGUUCCUGGAAGAUUGGUACCAUCAGAAGUUCCUAGGCAGCAGGUGCAGCUUUGGGGAUGACCGGCACCUUACCAACCGUGUCCUGAGCCUUGGCUACAGGACUAAAUACACAGCACGCUCCAAGUGCCUCACAGAAACCCCCACGAAGUACCUCCGGUGGCUCAACCAGCAGACUCGCUGGAGCAAGUCUUACUUCCGGGAGUGGCUCUACAACUCUCUGUGGUUCCAUAAGCACCACCUCUGGAUGACCUAUGAAUCUGUGGUCACGGGUUUCUUCCCCUUCUUCCUCAUUGCCACAGUCAUACAGCUUUUCUACCGUGGCCGCAUCUGGAACAUUCUCCUCUUCCUGCUGACAGUGCAGCUGGUGGGCAUCAUCAAGGCUACCUAUGCCUGCUUCCUCCGGGGCAACGCAGAGAUGAUCUUCAUGUCCCUCUACUCCCUUCUCUAUAUGUCCAGUCUCCUGCCAGCCAAGAUCUUUGCCAUUGCUACCAUCAAUAAGUCUGGCUGGGGCACCUCUGGCCGAAAAACCAUCGUGGUGAACUUCAUUGGCCUCAUCCCCGUGUCCAUCUGGGUGGCAGUCCUUCUGGGAGGACUGGCAUAUACAGCUUACUGCCAGGAUCUGUUCAGUGAGACGGAGCUGGCCUUCCUCGUCUCUGGGGCCAUCCUGUACGGCUGCUACUGGGUGGCCCUCCUCAUGUUGUAUCUGGCCAUCAUCGCCCGGCGAUGUGGGAAGAAGCCAGAGCAGUAUAGCUUAGCUUUUGCUGAGGUGUGAUGUAGCCCUCAAGCAGAGCGGGAAAAAGUGCAAUGGGUAAGGGAGGGAAGGGGAACAGAAGAGAAAAGAUGGGAUGGGAGGGAGGAGGGAAUGCUGUUUUAGUUUCUUAAUGGUCCAAAGGACAAAUCUGAAGUGCAAAGAAAGGUGAUUAGUAGUAUGGCCGGGGGCAGUUCUGCUUAGAGAAGGCAACACUGAUCCCAGCUCAGGGGGGUGGAGAGAAGACUUACUUGUUUCUAGGCUGUCUGCUCCAUGGUGGUCCGGGAAAGAUUCUACUCCCUGCCCCAGGGGCCAGAGGGAACUCACAAGUGUGCUAACUCAAAGUAAGUUCUACUCAAUGGCAACUUCUGAUAGGCAAAUGAGCAAUGCCAGCUUGUGGGAAGAGGUUCUCUUAGCCCAUCUGAACACAGCCAGAGGUGGUGGGAGAAUUUGAGGUCUGGGCCAGCUAGUAAAUAGCUCCCCCCUCAACCUAGUUAUCAAUGCAAUAAGAUUGUGCCUGAGAUACAAGACCCAGAAGCUGGAUCUCUGGGCAUCAGAAAACAGGGUACAGGAAUGGUGCUUUAUUAUGUGAUAUACCCCAUUCCACAUCUCCACAUCCCAAGGAUGAGCCAAACUGACAGGGAUUUAGCACUGAACUGCUUUCAGGUGCACACAGAUACGAAUGUUAAAAAGGAAAGUUUGCUGGGAGGAACGACAAUUGGCAGGGGCGCUAAAGACCAUGGGCUAUAUGGAGGCCUGUAUGUGUUCUACCUGGAAACUGCCCAGUCAUCUAGAUUGGCUUGUCUGUGAACUCUACUGGGGAGAUAAAACAUUUUGGUCAUCUACUGGGAAGACUGAACCCCAACAUACUAAAAAAUGAAGUGAAGACUCGGUAUUUCAACCUGUCUGCUUCCUGAAUUCCUCUCAAAUUCAGCUGAGCCCCAAGACGGCCUCCUCACUUUGCUUUCAAUGAGCUGUCGUCCUCUUCACCCUCUUCCUCAUUGGUUUUUCAAGAUGGCUAGUGUGGCAGAGCCUGAACUCUCACAGGCCCCUCUGUAACAGGCAAGCCUGCCCUCAGCACAUGGGGGAAAACCUAUGAGAAGCCUCUGACCAAACUGGCUACCACCUUGGAACUGCUUGGGACAGAUUCCUUGGCAGCUGGGUAGCAUGUGUGACUUUCAGGUUACAAUUCUUGACAAUCGUCUCUAAUGGUAAGCUUUUCAGUGUUCCCUAAGUGGACCCUCAAGUCCAAGCUGGUCAUCUUUGAGACUGUCCAUUCUCCUCAGUGGCUUCUCCAGGGAAUUCUUACAGCCAAGCAGUGGAUAGUCCCUAUUGCAAUCGCUUCUUUCCAGAAACCAAACUAGGAGACGGAAUUGAUUCCUAAGGUUCUUGCUUUCUCAGGCCACUCAAGGCUGUUUUACUUCUUCCUGCUUUCAUAGGGGAAUAAGGGAAAGCCUUUUUCUAGAGACUGGCAAUCCACAGACUAUUUUCAGCUCCUGGGUUUGAAACCUGGGAUCUUGACUAAGCCUCUGAACGAGGGAUUGCUUGCUUGUGUGUGCUCUCUCCAAAUGGUCCACUCUCACGGGGUCCAGCUAACCCCAAAGGAACAGCACUAAGGGAGAGAGGAGUUGAGGGGACAAGCAUCUAGUGUGCCCAGGUACUUCCUACAAAGGAGCAGUGUGCUGAGCCACAGACUGGCAAACCCUGGUGCUUUCCUGCAUCUCCCAUGAACUCAAAAGGUUUUCCAAGUGCAGCCAACACUGCUGCAUCACACAGACCUCAAGUUUCUGAUAAGACUGCUGGUUGCUGUUGGACCCGAUCCAUGGAGACUAGAAGAGGCAGCAGGCACUUGCUAAAGGCAGUUGUUCUAAGCUCUUCCAUGAUUUUUGCUGGCCAAGAAGUAAACUAUUUUGAGCACUACAAUGGAGGAAAUUCGGGUCAUCCAACUGCAGAGCUCAGACUUGACGAAGGGCUUCUUUUUCUUCAGGCUUUACUUGAAGGUUAAUGCAGGAUGGACCCCCAGGAUGGGAAACUCUGGGCUGUCCUACCAGCAGCUCUGCCUUGCACUGCGGUUAUCAACUUUCCUCACAUCAAAAGUAGGCGAGUACAAGUAGUGGGCUCACAACAUUUGACCUCGACUGGUUUUUCUAAGUUAUUUUGUAUAUUUUUCAGCAGUGAAACCAAACUGGGUCUUCAGCUUUAUCCCCAUUUCUAGCAAGGGAAGAGCCUUUAUAUGAUCGGGACACAUUUUGGUUUUUCCUCAUUGAGAAUUUUAACUGUCCUUUUUUGUAUUAUUUCUACAAUAAUUUGUAAACAUAUUUAUUUUUACCUGCCUUGUUUUUAACUUUUCAUGUCAAAUUUUUUAUACACAUUUGUCA